ACGGUCCAGCAUAGAAGGCCUCGCGGGACACACGUCAGUCACACGGGGUACCACAGGCGAGAGCGAAGCCAGUCUACUCUACCAGCAUCCCUUAGAUAUUUGGUCACGCGAAGAUUCGAGAAGCUCGGGGCAAGCGGAUUCGGGAUAGUCGGGAUUUUGUGCUCAAUCUUUUCCGCGUGGUCUCAUCGAGCGGGCAAUAGGCGUACAAUGAGCGAAGACAAGACCAGCGCGAAAACGGAGACCAUCAAGAUGCCCAAGCCAACGAUAAAACACGAUUGGUACCAAACGGACACCCACGUGGUCGUCACGAUACUCGUCAAGAAUGUAGAAAACGUCAAAGUUGAUUGUGGGCAACGUACAUUGAGUGUAUCUGCAAUGUUACCAACUGGCAGUGAAUAUAGUUUAGAGCUAGAUCUGGCCAACUCUGUCGUGGCGGAACAAUGUUCGCAUAAGGUAAUGCCAUCCAAGAUAGAAAUCAAACUGAAAAAGCAGGAUGGUAUUAGAUGGACAGAUCUGGAAGGGAAAGAUCCAGCCGACGUACAAAUAAACAAGUAUCCAAGCUCCUCCAAGACAUCCACAGAUUGGGAUAAGCUAGAAAAGGAAAUAGUGAAACAGGAGGCAACGGAAUUAGCUGAUGGCGAGACUGCGGUGAAUGCCCUCUUCCAAAACAUAUACGGCAGUGGAUCCGACGAAGUGAGGCGCGCGAUGAACAAGUCUUUCAUCGAAUCUGGCGGCACUGUCUUAAAUACGAAUUGGGGUGAAGUAGGGCAAAACCGAGUUAAGAGAAGACCACCAGACGGGAUGGAGUGGAAAUCUUGGAGCGAAUAACUCAAAAUUUUCUUUCUUUCGUUUUCGAUUUUCUUAAAGUUUCAUAGUUUUCUGCUUCCACAGUUCACAUGUUCGAUUCUUAAUCAACCGCAUAUCUUUAUAAUGUACUAUUUAUAAAUACAAUGUAUGUUUACAAGGUAAACAUAUAGUAUUGUAUUUACUUGAGAAUUUUACACGAAUGAUAAUUAACAGUUUUAAAAGUUUUAUUUUGUCUUAUAAUAAAAGAUACAAAAUUAUUAACGUUUCCUUAUUAUUACGAUCAUCUGACAUGCACUUCAAUUUAACUAGAUAUUUUACAAUUGUACAACGUAAUUGUAUAAUUUAAAUUGUACAUUAUUAAAGAGGCCAGAGGAAAUAAAUGCUCACAACACUACGUGAUAAAAAA